AUGUCGAACAAAAUACCGUCUUCACCUUUAGGAGAAGCAAAGGUUCCAUUAUUAUUACAUAAUGAAGAAGAAGAACAAGAACAAGAACAAACUCUUACAAGAAAGGUUUUGAUUGAAUCAAAAAAGCUAUGGCAUAUAGUAGGCCCUGCAAUUUUCAGCCGUAUUGCAUCCUAUUCUAUGUUGGUCAUCACUCAAAUCUUUGCUGGCCAUCUAGGUGACCUCGAACUUGCUGCUAUCUCGAUCGCCAAUAAUGUUAUCGUCGGCUUCGAUUUCGGACUCUUGUUGGGGAUGGCGAGUGCGUUAGAAACACUUUGUGGACAAGCAUUUGGAGCAAAACAAUACCACAUGUUAGGAGUAUACAUGCAAAGAUCAUGGAUAGUAUUAUUCAUUUGCUGUAUUUUUCUGCUACCAAUAUAUCUCUUCGCGACGCCGGUGUUAAGAGUGUUGGGACAACCAGAAGAUUUAUCUGUAUUAUCAGGAGAAGUUGCAAUGUGCUGGUUGUUUGUCUAUAAGUUCCAGCUUGGUGUCAUAGGAACUGCUGCUACUUUGAAUUUCUCUUGGUGGGCACUAGCGCUUGGCCUUUAUCUUUAUACUGCUUAUGGCGGUUGUCCUUUGACAUGGAAAGGCUUUUCUAUGGAGGCUUUUUCUGGCCUUUGGGAAUUUCUUAAACUCUCUGCUGCUUCUGGUGUUAUGCUAUGUUUGGAGAAUUGGUAUUAUAGAAUUCUGAUACUGAUGACUGGGAAUCUACCUAACGCAGAGAUUGCAGUAGAUGCUUUGUCCAUAUGUAUGACAGUAAAUGGUAUGGAGAUGAUGAUUCCUUUGGCCUUCUUUGCUGCAACAGGAGUAAGGGUUGCAAAUGAGCUUGGAGCUGGAAAUGGAAAAGGAGCAAAAUUUGCUACUAUUGUAGCUGUGUUGACAUCAUUAACAAUAGGAAUUUUCUUCUGGAUACUGAUUUUGGCAUUGCACAAUAAAUUUGGUUACAUAUUUACUACUAGUAAACCUGUUCUUGAUGAAGUAAGCAAGCUUUCUCUUCUAUUGGCAUUCACUAUUCUUCUCAAUAGCAUUCAGCCAGUUCUAUCAGGAGUGGCCAUCGGAUCGGGAUGGCAAUCAUAUGUUGCAUACAUAAAUUUGGGUUGCUACUAUAUUAUUGGAGUUCCUCUUGGAUUUUUAAUGGGUUGGUACUUUAAGCAAGGAGUUAUGGGAAUAUGGGCAGGGAUGAUAUUUGGAGGAACAGCAACUCAGACAUUGAUAUUGUGUUGGAUUACACUUAAGUGUGAUUGGGAGAAAGAGGCAGCAAAAGCAAAAUUGCAUAUUACAAAGUGGUCAGAUAGAAAACAACUAUUGAGCUAG